UUGCAUUCCGUCAGUCCGAUAAGAUGCGAUAACCGUGGACUGUCUGAGAAUAAUAUUACUGCUAUUUAUGAAUUAAUAAAGUAUGAAUAAAUUGCGUUAGUUGUACAAAUACACAAUUCAACAGUUGUCAUGUCACAACUCUUUUUUAAACAAUAAAAUCUGUUAUCGUCACUGAAUGUCAAUUCCAUUGCUGUGAUUUCUACCAACAAAGUUUGAGUGAUCAUCAUCAGCGUACUGACGAUGGUUGGACGCACGGCUAAGAGGUCAUCGGAUGACUGCGUUUUUGCGGACACAAAGAAAAAGAAAAUUUCCAAAGAAAAAGGAGAGACAGAUACAGUGGUGUCCAAUGAAAAAUCGUCCACGCUCUGCAACGGCGACUUGAGGCAGAAAAAGGCAUUUUUUGCAUAUUUCGGUAAGUCAUUUGAUGAGGGCAAAAACAGCUCUGUCGUCUACAAUGAUGACAAUUCGAAAACCACCGAUUCCAACAACAGUGUGACAAAACAGAAUAUCAUCAUUAAAACUAGUAGUUGUGGUGAUAGUUCAAAAACUCCGAUAGUCAUUAACACAAAGAAAAAAGAUGUUCAGCUGCCCAAUGACGCUGUUUGUAUCAUUAAGAGUAAUGCCAACUUGCCUUAUAUCAGUAGUUUUGUUGAAGAAUUCGGAUGUUUUCCUAAGAUCACACAUGCUAACCAUUUGACAUCUUUGAGGUCAUCAGAUCCUAUACUCUAUUUGAAGGAAGAAGUAUUCCAUGAUAAUUGUAAUAAAAACUCUAUUCUUACAUUUAAAACUGUUCACUCUUUACCUAAGCGCCUAGUAUUAGAGCCCUACCAAAUGGAAAUUAAUUUUCCAUACAUGAUUUCAUCUUUAAAAACAUCUGUACCAAAUUUUCCAGUUUCAGAUUUUCAUAAAAAUUUGAAGAAAAAACAUUCAAUGGCAAAAAAAUCUACGACAGAUAUUGAAUCUAUGUGGAUUGAUAAAUAUAAGCCAAUGUGUAAAGAAGAGGUGCUUGGCAAUGGUAAACUUGUUAAGGAUUUGAAGAAUUGGUUAGCACCUAAUAAGAAAAAUUCUAAAAAGUCAAAAAAAGGUCAAAAGUAUGAUGAUGAUGAUGAUUUUAUCUUUGAUAGUGAUAGCGAAUCUAGUUGUAAACAACAACUUAACUUAGCAAUUUUACUUGGACCUAGUGGUUGUGGUAAAACUAGUGCAGUUUAUGCUAUAGCCAACGAACUUAAUGCAAAUGUGAUAGAGUUGAAUGCUUCCUGUAACAGAAAUGGAAAACGUAUUAUUACUGAUUUAAUGGAAGCUACACAAUCACAUGCAGUAGAAAAAAACUGUUUAUUAAAUCUACUAAAAGGUUUAGUAUAUAAUAUAGACUAUAUUUGAGGCGUUACGUAGCAAAGUCAGCAAUCUCCAAACGCAGUGAUUUUUGGUAAAUGUAGAAAAACUGUUACCUUAAUUUCUUGUAUUUUUCCAUGAUAUUUUAUUUUUGUUGAUUAAUAGUGAAAGUUUGGUGUUAUUCCCUGUAUUCAUAUAAUUUGUUAAAUGUCGAUAACAUUAAAUAAUAAAGGAGGGAAAAUGGACUUUGUCAAAUUUGCUGCGGAACCCAAGGAGAUUGCCGCUUUUGCCACAGAAACGUAGAUAAUGUAUUAUAUGGUAUUAUGAUUGGAGAUUGCUCUCUUUGCUGCAAUCAGCUAGUAUUAAAAUGUUUUUAUCUCAAUGGGGUAUUAUAUGUAAUAAGAAUUAGUGUUACCAAUCGACACAGAGUAAAAAGUAUUAUAUGAAUAUUAUCAAAACAUUUAUUUCAAAAAAACUGGAGAUCGCUGACUGCCACG